AUGGCCAAGCACUCCAAAAAGGCCAAAGGGCCCCAGCGCUCUGAGAACGAUGCGGCUAAGCUUAAGAAUGGACUAAGUGAGCUCACUUCUCAAAUUCAGGAGAAAUUGAACGGCAAUCCAUACAAGCGAAAGAAUCCGCCUACGGAAGCAUCUGGCAAGCAGAAGCAGCGCAAGCAACGCGAUUCCGAGGGUGCGCCGCCCGCAAAAAGCACCAACGCCGAUGAUGUUGCUUUGCUCGCCGAAAUCAAGGCUUUGGGAGGCGAUGAGGAAGAUUGGCGCCUGAUCAACGAAGUCGCUUCCGACGAUGAAGCAGUUGCUUCGGAGUCGAAGGUGCCAGUAGACAAGCGCCUGAAGGAGGAGCUGGCAGCUCUGUCAAAGGAACUUGGCUUUGCUGGACUUGCACCGAUUGAUGCUAGUGAUGACGAAGAAGAAGAAGCCCAAGGCGAUCAGGACGAGGAAGAAGAAGAAGAGGACGAAGACGAAGAUUCUGACGACGAUGAGUCAAAAGAAAAGGGCCCUGCUGAGAAUGAUAUGCGUCGUGUCGAAGGCCUGAUUUUCGAGCCUCGCGCAGACUGGCACGCUGCUAGGCUAGCUCAGCUACCCGGACCUACGGUGGAUGACAUUGGCCCUUUCAUGUCUGCCAUAAACUCCUUGAAGGAGCAUGGAAAAUAUCUCUUGGAGACGGAGGCGGCCAAAUACAGAACAACCAUUUUUGCAUCCUCGUCUCACAAGUUUCUUGCCACCAUUAUGACAUCCGGUACUCUUACAGACAAGAUUUCUGCUCUAACCCUGGCUUGUCAAGAGUCUCCCGUCCACAAUAUCCGCGCAUUCGACACUCUGAUGAAUCUAGCCUCCAAGAAAAGCCGAGCACAAGCCAUUGGAGCUAUAGGAGCACUCGUGGAUAUGCUCGGCCCUGGCACACUUCUACCAUCCGAUCGACGACUGAAAACCUUUCAAGCUCAGCCAGGGCUUCUGGGCUCCCUUCAACGGGCUUCUGCCAAAAUCUGGGCCCCAAGUCAACCCCUGCCCGGCAAAAUUACACAGGCACAUUUAAUAUCCUGGGCAUAUGAAGACUGGUUGAAGGAGACUUAUUUCAAGAUUAUUCAACUCUUGGAAGUCUGGUGUUCUGAUGAGAUUGAAUACUCCAGAAUGAGAGCCGUCGACUUCGUCUACGCCUUGCUCAAGGAUAAGCCGGAACAAGAAUCAAACCUUCUCACUCUACUCGUCAACAAGCUGGGUGAUCGUGACCGAAAGAUUUCGUCACGAGCCUCUUAUCUCCUCCUACAGCUACAAAACUCACACCCUGGCAUGAAACCAGUCAUCGUACGAACGGUGGAGCAGGAGAUCUUGCUUCGACCCUCGCAAGAUCAUCGCUCACGCUACUACGCCAUCAACACCCUUAACCAAACGAUCCUUUCAAACAAGGAGCCGGCUGUGGCUGAGUCUCUACUUCGCAUCUACUUCGACCUCUUUGCCACAAUUCUGAAGACGGGAAAGCUUGGCAUGCCGAUAGAAGAAGAGUCCAGCAAGGCCCAGAAAGGACAGAAACCUGGCAAGGGGUCGUCAUCUGGAAAGUCAGCUAACCAGACAAAACCAACAGCCGCUUCUGUCCCAGAGUCUGAGGCAGCUGAUAAGCUUGUUUCUGCCCUGUUGACCGGUGUAAACCGCGCCGCUCCAUUUGUAGGCACUAAUGACAUGGUUAUGGAGCGUCAUCUCGAUACGCUUUUCAAAAUUGCGCACUCCUCCAACUUCAACACUGGCAUCCAAGCUUUGCUGCUGAUUCAACAUCUCUCCUCCGCCAGAAAUCUUGGCAGCGACCGUUUCUACCGGACUUUGUACGAGUCACUACUUGACCCGCGUCUCAUGACCUCUUCAAAGCAGGCGCUUUACCUGAACUUGCUACUCCGCGCGCUGAAAAACGAUGUUGAUGUGCGCAGAGUCAAGGCUUUCGCCAAGCGAAUGCUACAGGUGGCGGGUCUUCACCAGCCCCCUUUCAUUUGUGGCUUGCUCUAUGUCAUUUCUCAUCUAAGGCAAACGUUCCCUGAUCUCUCAACUUUGGUCGAGUCGCCUGAAGAAUCCGUGUUUGAUGAUGAAGCACCUGAAGAUCGACCAACGUAUGAUGGACGCAAAAGGAAUCCAGAGCACAGCAACGCCCACAGAAGUUGCCUGUGGGAAGUGGUCCCUAUUCAAAGCCAUUUCCACCCUGCCGUCAGCAAAUUUGCCUCUUCGUUGAUGGACAGAAAUCAGAAGAUGCUAAAGCCCGACAUGGAGAGCCACAGUCUUAUCAGGUUCUUGGAUAAGUUUGUCUACAGAAACGCGAAAGCUACGGAUGCACGUGGUGCGUCUAUCAUGCAACCCCUCAAGGCCGCCAAGGAUAUCGGUGAUAUCUGGCUGGGUAGCGGGCGAACUAGCUCAUCCACAACGCAAGUCAACUCGGCUGCAUUCUGGAACAAGAAAGCAGAGGAUGUUGCUGCAGAGGAUGUCUUCUUUCACAAAUACUUCCAGCACGUCGCCAAGGAGACCAAGGAGUCUACGAAGAAGGCAACAGCAGGUGGUGAAGACGAUGAGGGCGAAGCGGAAGAGGAUGAGAUCUGGAAGGCAUUGGUCAAUGCUCAACCUGACAUUGACGAAGAUGCCUCCGAUGCUGGCUUUGACGAUCUGGACGACCUGGACAUGGCGUCUGAUGACGAUUCUUCACCUGCCUUGUCACUUGAUGGCGAUGAUGAAGAAGAUGAUGUUAGUGUGGAGUUUGGUGACGAUUCGGAAGAGGAAGAAGGCUCAGAUGAUGAAGAUGGAUUGGUUGCUCCAGAUGUGCCUGACGAAGAUGAAGAGAAGGGCGACAAGCGUAAGGCGAGAAGAAAGAUGCUCAGGGGUCUGCCUACGUUUGCGUCUGUGGACGAUUACGCCGAGCUUUUGGCGGGAGAGGAGGAUGACCUGUAG